UUAAAUCUCCCAGUAGUUGGGAGCUGUUUUAAAAACACAUCCUGUGUUUGAAUUGUGCUUGAGAGGUUUCCUUGGCAAUGUGAGGAAGAAAAUUUUUUCUGCCUCAUUAUUAUUAAUUCAUGGAUUGAGUAUUGGUUUGACCUACAGGCGUAAUAGAUUGGUACUCAGUGAAAACACAGAUGUUCCUGUUGAGAGCAACCAGGUAAUGAUUACAUUUUAAAGACAGUUUCUGUGAUUGAAUUGUCAUUUGAAAGAUAAAACCCAUUUCAAGAGGACUUGAAGGCUGGUCCUCGCCUUGAGGAAUCAGUGGCUCGUUUCAAGAAGCCACUUCUGAUUGAGGAAUCUACCCAGCAUGUCUAAUCAAGAAGAAGACUGCUAUUUUUUUUUCUAUUGUACAUGUACCAAAGGUGACAGCUGCCCAUUCCAUUACUGUGAAGGUGCACUAGGAAAUGAAACUGUUUGUACAUUAUGGCAAGAAGGGCACUGUUUUCAACAGGUAUACCAGUUUUGGCACAUGGAAAUUGAUAAAAAAUGCAGUGAAAUUCCUUGUUAAUGGGAAAAUCAGCCAAUGGGAUGUCAAAAACUAAACUGCGCUUUCCAUUACAACGGAGGACAUUAUAUUGAUGGCCUUUUCCUAUCUCCAAGCAAAACUGUGUUGCCCACUGUGCCUGAGUCACCAGAAGAGGAAGUAAACGCUAGCCAACUCAUAGUUCAACAGAACAAACUGUCUGCCCAAUCUAAUCCCUCCCCUCAGCUACAAAGUGUUAUGAAAGUUGAAAGUUCCGAAAACGUUCCUAGCCCCACACAUCCACCAGUUGUAAUUAAUGCUGCGGAUGAUGAUGAAGAUGAUGAUGACCAGUUUCCUGAGGAAGGUGAUGAAAAAACACCUACGCUGCAACCAACUCCUGAAGUUCAUAAUGGAUUACAAGUGGCUUCUGCCUGGAAACCUGGGGUCAAUUUAAAGCAAGGUGAAUCGUUGGGUUUUGGAAUAAAAACUCUUGAGGAAAUUAAGUCAAAGAAAAUGAAAGAAAAAUCUAAGAAGCAGGAUGAAGGUUCUUCAGGAGUUUCCAGUCUUUUACUUCACCCUCAGCCCAUUCCAGGUUCUGAAAAAGAGAAUAUCUGGAUUGUGGUGAAGACAGUAACUCCAUCUAGCAAACAAGGAGAAGAACCAUUGGUUAGACUGAGUCUUACUGAGAGACUGGGGAAACAAAAAUUUUCAGUUGGUGGUGAGAGUAAUCCUCCAUUAAAGCGAAGCCUUACGCAGAGGCUAGGGAAGAAAGUUGAAUCUCCAGAAACUAACACUGACAAAACACCAAAGAAAGUUCAAGUUUCUAAGUCUCUGAAAGAGCGAUUAGGCAUGUCAGCUGGUCCAAAUAAUGAAGAGGCAACUGAGAGAGUCAAUAAAGUUGGUGAGAUCCAUGUGAAGACAUUAGAAGACAUUCUUAUUGAAAGAGCCAGUCAAAAACGUGGAGAAUUGCAAACUAAACUCAAGACAGAAGGACCUUCAAAAGCUGAUGUUUCUACUUCAGGAGCAAGAAAUUCUUCCACUAUCCGAAUCAAAGCCUUCUCUGAGGGAAUGGCUGAAAAAAAACAUCGGCAGCAGGAAGCAGAGAAACAAAAAUGCAAAGAAGAUGCAACAUGCAUCAAACUAAAGAGUGACAGUGAAAUUAAAAAAACAGUUGUUUUGCCACCCAUAGUUGCCAGCAAAGGACAAUCAGAGGAGCCUGCAGGUAAAACAAAGUCCAUGCAGGAGGUGCACAUCAAGACUCCGGAGCAAAUUAAACUGGAGAAGGCACUGAGGGUGCAGCAGAGCUCUGAGAGCAGCACUAGCUCCCAGCCUCAACUUGAGGCCACCCCAGGAGCAAGGCGGCUGCUCCGAUUCACCAAAAGAACAGGAAUGAAAGAAGAGAAGAAACUUCAGGAAGGAAGUGAAGUUGCUUCGAAGAGCAAUGUUACUAGAACAGAAGCUGAAGAGACUUCAGAUGAGACCACUGGGGUUGACAUCACUAAAAUUCAAGUUAAGAGAUGUGAGACUAUGAGAGAGAAGCAUAUGCAGAAACAGCAGAAGAGGGGAGUGAUACAGAAGGAAAAAUUAGUCUUGACACCCCUUCAGAGGUAUUGCUCUUGCAAUACCCAAGUGGCAGAAAAACCAGUGCUCACUGCUGUGCCAGGCAUCACACGGCACCUGACCAACCGGCUUCCCACAAAGUCAUCCCACAAAGUGGAAGUAGAAACUUCAGGGAUUGGGGACUCAAUAUUAAAUGUGAAAUGUGCAGCACAGACCUUGGAGAAAAGGGGUAAAGCGAAACCCAAAGUGUAUGUAAAACCAUCUGUGGUUAAAGUUGUUUCAUCCCCCAAAUUGGCUCCAAAACACAAGGCAGUGGAGGAGCACCAUGCUGUCACUGCAGCUGUGAAGCCACUCAGCUCCAGCAGUAUCCUACAGGAAAGUCCAGCCAAAAAAGCAGCUGUUGUCCCAGUCCUCUCUGAGGACAAAUUAGUCACUAUACCUGAGGCAGAAAUACCUUCAGAUAGUCUUGUGCUGCCUCUAACCCAGCCUUCCUCGGAUUCCUCACCCCCAGAAGUAUCUGGCUCCUUCUCAUCCCAGAUGGGCACGAAAACUCGCCGACUCAGCUCUGUCACAGGAAAACCCCCACUAUCUGUGGAGGAUGAUUUUGAGAAACUAAUAUUGGAGAUUUCAGGAGGCAAAUUAGAAGCUGAGAUCGAGUUGGAUUCUGGGAAGGAUUAAGAUGACCUUCUGCUUGAGCUGUCAGAAAUGAUUAAUAGCUGA